AUAAGAGGAGCGGCAUGCAGUCAUCCAAAUCAUGCACUACAUGAGCCGUCCCGGUUUCUUAAACAACUUCUCAUCACUUUCCAUCGUACCUAGCGCUUGACACCAUCUAACUGUCACUGAAACAUUCAACGCGUAUUUUGAGACUCGUUCUCUCUUGGAACCAGUCGAAAUAAGUAGUACAUACUAUGGCACAGCGGAGAGCAUCUAUUCCAAGACCAACCCGCGGACAAAGCCCAACAAUUGCUGAUGUCCCUACUGCAGAGGUAGAGAAGUGGGUCUCGCAGUGGGCACAUGUAUUGGCUAAGGAUUUGAUCGAUGUGCGCGUAGUUGAAGUAGAUGCAGACAUGUCCGUCGAGGACGCAUGCGAUCUCCUUCUGCAAGAAGAAAUCCCGUGUCUCGCUGUCCGCACACUUCCGGAUUCGACUCGCACAGGUCCAUCUUAUCUUGGACUUUUUGACUUUUCAGAUGUGAACGCAUUCCUCACGCUCGCCGCGACACGGCACACCAUCUCACUCGCAGAGCUUCGUGCUAACUCGCGCGCCGAUCAGAUUAUGAGUGCUGCACGAGAAGGACGUGUACCUGUGCACCUUGUUAGCAAUCUCUCAGAAAAGAAUUACCUAGAGACUCUUCCGAACGAUGCCAGCCUUAUUUCGCUGCUUGGAGUGUUUGCGAAGGGGACGCAUAGGGUGCUUGUCGAAGCCGCCCCACCCACCGCUCCUGCAGAGUCUGAUACUGCUCCGGAGGCGACAAGAACACAGACUACCUACCUUGGUGCAGUCUCCGACCGUGCCGUGCUGGCGUACUUCGUCAAUUUUGCCAUGCAAUCGGACACUGUUGUACACCCUCACUCUCCCAUGCAGCACCCGCAUUCUCCUCGGCUGCCAGCUUCAGUGCAAUCUUCCAUCCAAAUUUCCCAGCCUUCUCAGUCUCCCAAGCCUGUAUCAGCCUUAACAGCUUCCCGCCCCACUGCUCCGCUCCAACCCCAGCCCCAGCCCUCUUCCACUCUCACAUUUGCAAGGCUCCUCUCGUGCCCCCUAUACUUACUUGCUCUCCCGUCGCUUCAAAUGUACACAUCUGUAAUAGCUGCUACCAGCUCAUCUACAGUACUUGACGCGAUGCGCCUGAUGAGCGACGGUGGUGUGAGUAGCGUAGCUGUUGUCGAUGAUGGCGGAGGAGGAUACGGAGCUGGAUACGGGUCCUGGGGUGGGCUGACUGGAGCAGUGAGUGUUACUGAUAUCGGAAAGCUCGUCGUUCCUUCGGAGUCCAACCACAUUCUCUCCGCGCCUUUACACCAGUUCGUCGCGCAGAUCAAGGAGCCAGGCGGAAGCACGGAUGGAGCAGACCGGUAUCCUGUAUAUGUCGUCCUCCCCACCAGCACACUCUCAUAUACAAUUCAGAAACUGCUUGCGACCAAUUCGCACCGACUCUUCGUAAUUGACCCGGAUUUCGAGCCCAGCUCAUCUCCAGGCUCACCCAUGGGCGGCGGACUGUGCGGAAUUGUUAGCGUUGUUGACAUUCUUUCUUUUUUCGCACGUAUCGCCAACCUUCCAAAUGUUGAUCCUACGCAACGCAUGCGGCACCGACGUGCCUCAUCUUCAUCUUCGUCUUCACACUCGUCUCGGGCAGUGUUUGUGCGGGACUUGUCACGGUCGCUCACACAAACACGAGAUCUCUCGCAAUCCAGCAGAGAUUUCGCGCGCUCAAGAUCGAGUAGCAAGACGAGCAUACGUCUCAGCCAAAGCCCGCGAGUCAUCCCAACUGUAGAUGUUGGCAGUCCGCGCUCCAUUCCAAGUUUGGGGCUAGGGGAUGUCAGGGAGAGUCCGCGGAUGAUGCCGACGCUUGGUGCUGGUGACAGAAACUCGUGGAUGGGUUUAGAUUUUGGGGAGCUCGUGGGACAGUGGGAGUGAUUGUGAGGUCUUCUAUUUUGCUUUUGCUUUUCGUGCGUUAUUCGAUGAUUUCCGGCAAUAACUUAGGGUUCGCUUGCCAUGCUUUUUGUACACAAAGAUAAUUGUCGACAGGGAUGUAUGUAGGUUUUUAGAGUGAUUUCAAGCACCAGUAUUGACUGCUGGACUGCACUACAAGGCUUGUAAAUACUACUGAAGCUAAUCAACGAUCAACUCAACGGGCACAUGGUCUUGA